AAGCCGGAAACCAUUUUCUCGGCCAUUUCUAUCGUGUCUAUCUCGGUGAGAGGGUGUUCGUCUAUGCUGAUUAAAGCGUGACGAACUAUCAAAAUGGUAAACGGUAGAAUUCCGUCGGUCUUUUCCAAGACCUAUGUAACUCCAAGAAGACCUUACGAGAAGGCUCGUCUUGAUCAGGAGUUACGUAUCAUCGGAGAAUAUGGUCUUCGUAACAAACGCGAAGUAUGGAGAGUCAAAUAUACUUUGGCAAAAAUCCGUAAAGCUGCCCGAGAGUUGCUGACUCUUGAAGAGAAGGACCCAAAACGUCUUUUCGAAGGAAACGCGCUUUUGCGUCGUUUGGUGAGAAUUGGAGUCUUGGACGAAACUCGCAUGAAGCUCGAUUACGUUCUCGGUUUGAAAAUCGAAGAUUUCUUGGAGCGACGUCUGCAAACUCAAGUGUUCAAACUUGGAUUGGCCAAAUCCAUCCAUCAUGCACGAGUUUUGAUCCGUCAAAGACACAUCCGAGUUCGUAAACAGGUGGUGAAUAUUCCCUCGUUCAUUGUGCGACUGGAUUCGCAGAAACACAUUGACUUCUCCCUGAAGUCGCCGUUCGGUGGCGGUCGCCCUGGACGUGUAAAGAGGAAGAACAUGCGUAAGGGAACUGGUGGCGCAGCUGCUGAAGAAGAGGAAGAUUAGGCAAUUUAAAAAUUCCUUAAUUUUAAGGAAUUUUUACAAUAAACUAGAGAAAAACCUUCAAAA